CGGCUUCUCGAUGUAAGGUCAAGUGUUUCCAGGUGUUGCAGUGGGGUCCUUUAGGCCGGGCGUGAAAAUUGGAGCCUGGGGGUUAGUUUUGGGGCGAAGAUGGAGGCACGCUGGGCCAGGCUCCGCCGAUGACGCUCUUGCAUACUCAGCUUUCCAGCGCCGAUCCGAGCCGGGCGCGCGGUGUCGCAGGCGUGAUGUCAUCGCUAGGCGCCGCGCGCAGCCAGAAGGAGCCUUGACCUCGCGUUGGGGGCUGCGCGAAAUGCUGCAGCUACUACGGGCUGGGGCGCGCGCCUGGGCUCGGCCCGCGGGCUGCCGGGGUUUGAACGCGCUGGCGGAAGAGGCAGCACCCCAGGCGGCGAAGCCAGAGUCGGUGGCUAGCGCGGGUCCCCAGGCGCCCGUGCUGCGCAGGUGCGAGCUCCCGGUACCCGCGUCCCGGCGUCCGGUGCAGGCCUGGGUGGAGUCCCUGCGGGGCUACGAGCAGGAGCGCGUGGGUCUGGCAGAGCUGCACCCCGAAGUUUUCUCCACAGCGCCCAGGUUGGAUAUCUUGCACCAGGUUGCCAUCUGGCAGAGGAACUUUAAGAGAAUUAGCUAUGCCAAGACCAAGACUAGGGCCGAGGUGCGGGGCGGAGGCCGGAAGCCUUGGCCGCAGAAAGGCAGCGGGCGUUCUAGGCAAGGCAGCAUCCGCUCCCCGAUCUGGCGAGGAGGAGGCAUUGCCCACGGCCCUCGGGGCCCCACGAGCUACUACUACAUGCUGCCCAUGAAGGUGCGGGUGCAGGGCCUCAAGGUGGCGCUCACUGUCAAGCUGGCCCAGGAUGACCUGCACGUCGUAGACUCCUUGGAGCUGCCGACCUCCGACCCCCAGUACCUGACCGAGCUGGCCCGAUACCGUCGCUGGGGGGACUCCGUGCUUCUUGUGGACUUAGCCUAUGAGGACAUGCCCCAGAAUGUCGUGGCAGCCACCUCCAGCCUCAAGACCUUCAACCUGAUCCCAGUUGUCGGCCUGAACGUGUACAGCAUGCUCAAGCACCAGACCCUGGUCCUGACCCUGCAGACCGUCGCCUUCCUGGAGAAGAAGCUGCUCUGGCACGACUCACGCUACACGCCUCUCUACCCCUUCCGCCUGCCCUACCGUGACUUCCCCUGAGCCCCGGCCCAGCCCUCUGCCCUCGGGGGCCCCUCAGCUGCCCUCUUCCUGGACCCUUCCGUGCCGGGUGCUUGCCCUGAGCCAGGCCGAACCCCCAGCAGGCCUGGGAGCCUCGUGCCCACCCUGUGAGAGCAGGGCCGCACCGCCCGAAGCCCCUCAUCCCCGUGCAGCCGUGCGCAGAGAGGCCGAGCGGGCAUCACCACCAGAGAGGGGCUGCUCGGCACAUGAGCCCCACUGGCCUCUGGCCCCAAUUUUCUCUUUCAUUUUUAACAUUGAGUCUGGUUUUUGUUUUUGUUUUUGUUUUUUAAUCAGAAACAGAACAGCUGAUUGCCAUCUUGUAAAUACUUCCAGUUGGCAAGUCUGGCUCUUUCCUCAGUGCUAGGUGCUGCUAGGUACCUCUCUUCAAGGGGCAACCUCAGGAUUGUUUCUAGUGGUGACCCACAGUCCACUUCCCCAGGAUGAGUCAGCCUCCAGGAGCAUGCAGGGGAGUGGUGGCACCGCUGUGCCUGGCAACCCGCUCCCGCUGCCUCCCCGCUGCCCUG